GUUCGCAAAUCCGGAGAAGAUGCUGCUAGCAUUUUCCAACAUACGUCUUCCACAACAACCCGGAACAUACGCACCGAAGAAGUCGACGUUGGAAGCGACGCAGAUCAACAGGAACUGCAACUCGAAGGGCCAUUUGGCCAAGGAAUGCCGCAAGCCAGCAAGGGCACCUGGAUCUUGUUUCGCAUGCGGUGAAAUGGGUCAUUUUGUGGGAGAAUGCCGCCAGAGGAAGAGCAACACCUACAACAAUAGCAACAGCAACAACAAUAGCAGCGACAACAACUAUAAUGUCUUAUAGACUCAGGGAGCGCGAUAUCAUUCAUUAAGCAGUCCAGAAUUCCAGCUGCAUUAUCAUUAAGUAACAUUAACCAAGUUUAUCAUGAGCUGAACCAGAGCCAACUUAACAUUUUUGGAAAAACUUCAUGAUUCAUUUUAAAAGAAAAAUUAAACAUUAAAUUUGAUAUGAUUGUUGUGGCAAAUGAAUCUAUGAGGCACGACGCAGUCCUGGGAAGGGACUUUAUGAAUAUUUAUGGUUUGAAUAUGAAUCUCGACACCCUUGAAACUUAUGGAAAUAUUAAUGACAUAUUAAAAGUAGAUGCCCAUGCCUCAAACCUACCACCUGGGAAAAAGGAUCAACAACUAGCAAUUACCGCAGAAGCCAACUGCGAUUCCAACGGGAAUUUUAA